CCAUGGUCUCAUAGACCAGCAGCACAGAAGAGGGUGAAAAUACAGGUGAGGGGCCAGUGGGCAAGCAAAACAGAGGUCAUCCUGGCUGCUGAUGGGCAGAUUGUCAGGCUGGGAAACGUGUGGAGGUUCCCGUACCUGUGCUACAAAAACGGAGGAGGUGUGUUCUUGAUUCCCUACCUGCUGUUCCUGGUGUUCUGCGGGAUACCUCUGUUCCUCCUGGAGACGGCUCUGGGGCAGUACACCAGCCAGGGGAGCAUCACCGCCUGGAGGAGAAUCUGCCCCCUCUUUGAAGGCGAGUGUAAAGAUUACAGUUCAUAA